UUCUGAUUGCCAAACGUCACAAGAUGUCAUCCAGUCUGGUGCCCAUCAUUUCCCAGAAGGACCUGGAGAGCAUUUCUCUGGUGAAGAUGGGAGUGGGCUUUGCUCUCAAAGCCUUCCACACUCCUGGGAACAUGGAUGUUUCUUUGAAGCUCUUAAGUAAUCGAAACACAACAGAGAGAGAUUUGAAGGCGCUGCUUCAAGAGGUGGCCUGCACUCGGCGCAUGCAGUGCAACAGGCUCAUCCCUUCCGUUGGCAUCUGCCACUUCCAGGGUUUUUUUGGCAUCGUCACAGAAUGGAUGCACAAUGGAUCUCUCAGUUCGCUCAUCCAUGAACAUGCACUCUGCCCAGAUCUGCCUUUUCCUCUUUCUGUGAGGAUCCUAUCAGACGUGUCCGAGGGCCUGAAUUAUCUGCACAGUUUGCAACCCCAUGUCCUUCACUGCAACCUGAAGCCCUCCAAUGUCCUGAUAGAUCGGGACUACAGAGCUAAGAUAUCAGAUUAUGGCUUAGCCACGUGGAGGAGCCAGCAAAUCCAUUCACUCUUGCAGAACUGUAACAAUAGAAGCAGUUGGGAUUUGCUUUACCUCUCCCCUGAAAUACUUCAGGGAGGCUGCUUCUCACAGGAAGGUGACAUGUACAGCUUUGGAAUGAUGUGUUGGGAAGUUCUAAGCAGACAGAAGCCACUGAGAGGCAAGAAGACGUUGCUUGAAGCCAUGACGGGAGUUUGCAGUGGAGUGCGGCCUGGGAUUGAACUGCCAUUCUUAGCAAGCAGCCUGCCACAUCGUAACAAACUGGUGCAACUUAUUGUUUUGUGCUGGCACCAUGAUGCCCUUAAGAGGCCAAAUGUUGCAGAAUGCACAGCACUUCUACAGGAUAUUCUUAGCACAUUCAGAAAGGAGACGAUUUCAGAUGCAAUAUACAACGUGAUUCACGCAAAGGAUUGCGCCAUAGAUGCCGCCAAAGGCCCAGUUGCUUAUGUCCUCGAAAGGGACAGGCACAAUUUGGAGAUCCUUUGUACUCACAACAACAAUGGACCCAACAAGGAAAUUGAUCUGAAAUCAAAGACUUGGUCAGACUUUUGCCCUGAUCGCAGUGCAAGAGGCCCAGGAAGUGAAGCGGAGCAGACAUUCUGUGCCAAUAGUGAUCCUCACCAUGAUGCAAGAAGAGGCAAAUAUUCUGAACUAAUACGAUUCUAUCUUUUAAUAUUUGUGCCUAGCUUUGGAAUGAUGUGUUGGGAAGUUCUAAGCAGACAGAAGCCACUGAGAGGCAAGAAGACGUUGCUUGAAGCCAUGACGGGAGUUUGCAGUGGAGUGCGGCCUGGGAUUGAACUGCCAUUCUUAGCAAGCAGCCUGCCACAUCGUAACAAACUGGUGCAACUUAUUGUUUUGUGCUGGCACCAUGAUGCCCUUAAGAGGCCAAAUGUUGCAGAAUGCACAGCACUUCUACAGGAUAUUCUUAGCACAUUCAGAAAGGAGACGAUUUCAGAUGCAAUAUACAACGUGAUUCACGCAAAGGAUUGCGCCAUAGAUGCCGCCAAAGGCCCAGUUGCUUAUGUCCUCGAAAGGGACAGGCACAAUUUGGAGAUCCUUUGUACUCACAACAACAAUGGACCCAACAAGGAAAUUGAUCUGAAAUCAAAGACUUGGUCAGACUUUUGCCCUGAUCGCAGUGCAAGAGGCCCAGGAAGUGAAGCGGAGCAGACAUUCUGUGCCAAUAGUGAUCCUCACCAUGAUGCAAGAAGAGGUCGUCCAGUUUGCAACAGCGAAGAACCCGGAUCACCUCCACAUUCCUUUUCCUCCGUUCUCAUGCCUGAUUCGAGUGUGAAUGGCAGGAGCACCUUGCCCUUUUGCAAAGAGCCAGAAGGCAAGCGGCAACCACCGCCAGAAUUAGUACAACACUCUGGCCAUCGUCUCACCAACAGCAACUGUCAGAAGAGUUGGUCAGAAAAUAAAUUAAAAGGAUCCUGCUAUCAACAGAAAAAUUGCUCCAUCCUGGCCUGUGGGCGAGAGACCAUCCUGCACUGCAUGACCGAAGGACGCUUGAAUCACCUCCUGGACGUCCUGCGCUCCCAACAACUCUUAUCCAGGAUGGACUACGAGUGCAUCACCUCCUUCCCCACUUUGACGGCCCGUUCCCGGGCUUUGCUGGACACUUGCCUCGGCCUCGGUGAAAAGGCCGCCCAGACCGUGGUGUCCGUCUUGUCCACUAGCAAAUGCAGCCCCUUGCUACAAAGCUUCCCGGCAAAUGCAGUGAAUUAAACCAUUUACCAUUUGGCAUUUCAGAACAAAUGAAAACAUUUCUUUGCCAGCUGGUA